AUGCAAAAGUUUACACUUACAGCGCUCAUCGGGGUGGCGCGCCUCAUCAACGCCCUAGAAUUCACAGCGCCCGACGCCGACCGCAAGCUCAACCUCUCCGCGCCAAUCACCAUUGAAUGGACACUGAACAACGAGGGGAACCCUGAAUGGACCGAAAUUGAUCUCUGGUGGUAUGGCGAAUUUGCAAAUAGCGCAGGGGGUUUCGGGUACGCGCUUGAAGAGAAUUUCACGACUACGGGUAGUGGGACAUACGGCUACAACUGGAAUCCGGCCUCGGAGGUGGAAUCAUUUAUGAAGAACCAGAACAAGCUUUCAUCCGACAAGGUAUUCUACUUCACGAUAAGGCGACAUCCUACCAAUGCAACGCAUCCUGCCAGUAUAGAGCCAAGCGAGAAGUACGCGGUUGAAGGAUAUGAUUUGAUUGGAAGCUCUGCAAGCCUGAUGAAGCCCACGUGGGGUGCCGCAAUUGCUGGUCUUGCCGCAGCUUUUGUGUUAAUCUAA